UUUAAAGUUCCCUUUCUGCCUGCAAAGAGGAGCGGCGAAAGAAAGAGUAAUGAUUUAAUAAAGUCUACUGAGACAGACUCAGCUACGAACGAAGGCUGUGAGACAGCGGAAGCAAGCGCUACGAAUGAUGUACAUGUCGAGAGGACUGAUGACGACAGACGACAAUCUGCGACGCCACCACUGCCGUAUCGGGAGCCUUUGUGGUCUGGUAUUGCAGAGGAACCGUCCAGUCUUGAAGUGAUUAAGAAUGGCUUUGUGUUGAAUGAAAUUGAUUUGAACCAGAAAGCUUUCUUUGUGUUUGGUCGCCUGCCUGUCUGCGACGUGGUACUUGACCAUCCUAGUAUAUCUCGCUAUCACGCCGUUCUUCAAUACAGAGCAUCGCACAAUCAAGCAAAUGGCGGUGAAAAUUCACAGAAUCAGCAAUCUCAACCUUCUUCAUCUGGGUUCUACCUGUAUGAUUUGGGCAGCACGCAUGGCACUGUUAUUAACAAGGAGAAGAUACGGUCGAAGACGUACUAUCGGAUACGUGCGGGUCACGUGAUGAAAUUUGGUGGCAGCACUAGGUUGUUCAUCUUACAGAGUGUUGGUCGACAGGAUGAUGUUGAGAGGCAGGCAGAGGAGGAGAUAGAGGAGGUGAGGAAUGAGAGGCAGAAGAGAGAAGAGGCAAGAGAGGAGGAGAGGAGGCAAGUGGAAGAGAUGAGAGCAAGAGUGAUUGAUGAAGGAGUUUCAUGGGGAAUGGGUGAUGAUGAUGCAGAAGAAGAAGCUCAAUGGCAGUUUCAGUUGGGACAGUCUGAGCCUGAGAUAGACGAAGAUGCUUAUUACAACAGAGAUCCUAAAAAAGCUCUAAAUCAUUACUUUGAAGAAGAGGGUAUGGAAGUGGAGUAUGAGGUGGAAGAGGUCGGACAAGGGAAGGACAAGAAGUUUCAUGCAAGAAUUAGACUUCCUAUUCAGACUGCUGAAGAUGAUUACAUAUAUGGCGAAGCUACAGUAGCUGGCAAGAAAAAGGAUGCCGUUGUUGCUUGUGCUCUUGAUGCUUGCCGUAUUCUUGAUGCACAAGGCAUGCUUAGAGCAACAGGAGCGGAAAGACGUAAAAAGCGUGAAAGAAAUUGGGAGGAAAAUGACUUCUAUGACAGUGAUGAGGACAACUUUUUUGACAGAACUGGACAUGUUGAGCACAAACGGCAAAUUAGAAUGAUGAAAGCUGGCAAAUUUCAAGAAACAGUGGAGACCUUUGACUCUUUGUCUAAGCAACUUGCAAUGCUUCAGAAAGAGAUUGCUGACUAUGAGGAGCAACUGGCAAGGAACAGACUUGCUGCAUCUGGUGCUGUAGACUCUUUAGAUGACUACAUGCAGCACAUAGACAUUAUUGUGGACCCAUCAACAGUACGAAAGAUCAAACAGAAGGUUAGUCAACUCAGGAAAGAAGAACUACAGCUCCAACGAUUAGUAGACAUAGCACGACCUUCAUCAAUAACAGAGUUUAUGUUGGACAGAGACAAUACUGAUGCUGUAGAAAACCCUAAACACACAGAUGGUCAUGGAAAUAUGGAAAUGAGCAAACAGAGUACACACAAAGAAAUCUCAUCAGCCAGUUCAAGAAACAUUACAGUUAAUCCUGGUUGGACUAAAUUUGAUGAAAAUAAAGACAUAAUAGAUUCAUUAGAUGGUGGUGAUCAUGAUGUCACAAAUAGAGUGCCCAAGGAGAACAAAAGUUUAGCAGACGAGAUCACUGUGGAUAAGCCACGUGUGUAUGGUCCUAUGAAGCCUGACCAUGCAGUAGUUGAGAGUGUUAGCAUAGUUGAUGUAGAUGAAUUGGAAGAAGAUGAUGGUGUCGAGGAGAGAGUAGAAGCCAAGCGAAAAAAGAGAAGAGAGAAACGACACAGAAUGAAAGAAAAACGACGCUUGUCUCACGGAUCUACAUCAGACGAGGAACGGGUGAGCUUUUUUAUCUUGUGGAUAUAUUGUCCCAUUGCCAAAAUUAUCAUCUCUAAUGUAAAAUGUAAAAUGACAUAAAUGGCAU